AUUUAUGGUGGCUCACUCAGAGCAUCAGACGAUUUCCCUACUGAUCGUCGCCUGAUUGAGUUGUGGUCUCCAUCCUCUGUUAAAAAACCCUCAAACCCUUUUGCCCAAAUCAAGGCACAGCAGGCGCAGGGCACAUUUUACGAGGAUGUGACAAUGUGUGACAUCAUGUUCGAUGCCAACUUCCGUGGUGGGGGGAUCUUGGUUAUCGACUCGGUCCGGACGCGAAUAGACAACGUCUUCCUUGCCCACUUUAUGACAGAUGGCAUCCUUUUAGAGGGCGGCCAUGAGAUCUUCAUUACUGACUCCUUUGUGGGGCAGCACAUUACUGCGGGUGGUGACCCUGGGGAGCGCAAUUUCUCUGGUACCGCAAUCAACCUCGCUAGCAAUGACAACAUUGUUACAGAUGUUGCAGUCUUCUCUGCGGCCAUAGGUGUCCUUCUUCGGGGCCCUGCAAAUAUCCUCACAGGGGUACAUUGUUAUAACAAAGCAACUGGAUUUGGAGGAGUUGGCAUAUAUGUCAAGCUUGCAGGACUGGCUCAGACACGUAUCUCGAACUCGUACAUGGAUUGGACCGGUAUUAUAGCUGAGGACCCGGUGCAAUUUCAUGUAACUAAUGGUUUCUUCUUAGGGGAUGGAAAUAUCGUACUAAAAUCGGCGAGUGGAAAGAUGCAUGGAGUGAACAUUGUGGACAACAUGUUUGCUGGGAAUGGCCAGGGGGUGCCAAUCGUGAAACUUGAUGAGACGGUAACAAAAUUUACAGAGGUGGACCAGGUGGUGGUCGACCGCAACAAUGUGAUUAAGAUGUCCCUCAUAUGGACUGUGGGUCAGAUGGUGGUGUCUGGUGUUGGGAAGAAGUGGGUCGCUGAUUUCUCACCUUUGUUGCUAUUUCCUGGAAGGAUCAAUCUUGUCCAGUACUCGUCCUACACAAAGGCCAGAGCAUCAGGAUUGAAGAGGUUUACUGCAAAUGCAAUCACAAGCGUGUCGGGAAAUACGGUGGUUGUCGAGUCAAAGCAAGCAGUCGAUGCAGUGGUGUCUGUGAGUGUUGAUCAAAAUGCUAACCCAGGGGAGACGACCUUGCAUGUCUAAAUGAAGACACAAAGUUCAUUGAUCCAUGCACAUGUAUGAAAGAUGAUAUAUGCCUUCCACCUCGAUAUAUAUUCAUUAAGUUGUCUUUC